AGGGAUAUUGUAGCAGCACAGUCAGGCUUGCAAAGCUACUACCUCCUUUAGCUUCAAUGGCUCUCUCCUUCACUGCCCGUUGCCCCAUCUCCAUCUCUACUGGAACUACUACUACUCACACAAGCAGCCCUGUCUUUAGAAUAACCCUAGCAAAACCAAUCUCUUACCCCUCUCUCCACUCUCUGUUCUCCUCAAUCCCCAAACAGAGACAAUCCAAACAGCUCCAUAGCCAUAAAUCCUUCACUACAAUGAUGAGCUAUGAAGCUGGGAUUGGAGUCAUGGGAACAAAGCUCGGAAUGAUGACCUACUUCGAACCAGAAGGUACUGUGGUUCCAGUGACAGUGAUUGGUUUCAGAGAAGGAAACAUUGUGACUCAAGUGAAAACAGAGGCCACUGAUGGCUACGAUGCAGUCCAAGUUGGGUACCGACGCGUGAGAGACAAGAAGCUCACGAAGCCUGAACUGGGUCAUCUCAGUAAGGCUGGAGCAAUCCCUAUGAGGCAUCUUCAGGAGUUCCGUCUCGUUUCUAUCGAGGGCUUCGAGCCCAAUCAGAGACUUAUCUUUGAUGAUUUUUUCAAAGAAGGUGAUCUUGUUGAUGUCACCGGCACAUCCAUCGGCAAGGGCUUCCAAGGUGGGAUCAAAAGACACAAUUUCCGGCGAGGUCCGAUGACUCACGGUUCGAAGAGUCACAGAGCAUUGGGGUCCAUUGGAGCUGGAACGACGCCUGGGCAUGUUUAUAAAGGGAAGAAGAUGCCUGGGAGGAUGGGAGGCACGAAGACAAAGAUCAGGAAGCUUAAGAUUGUGAAGAUUGAUAAUGAAUUGAGGAUUGUGAUGAUUAAGGGAGCGGUUCCUGGGAAGCCGGGGAAUCUUCUGCGGAUUACGCCGGCGAAGAUUGUGGGGAGGAACAUACCCAAGAAUUAGCAGCUCCAAUGUAUUGUGUCAUUUGUUCUUAUUUGGUUACUAACAUUAGACAAUUUCCCUUGUUGUUUUGUACAAUACAGUCGUGGAUGCAAUUUUUGAGAAGUACAUUUAAUUUGAUAAAUAGCUGUUAAAUUGACU